UUUUCUCUUUCACUGUUCAAAACCUCUCCAGCUCCUUUCUCUCUCUCUCUCUCUCUAGUCUCUACUUCAGUUACACUCAACACCACUCCAUUAUUUCUCUCCGCUCCAAAAGCCAUUGCAGCCAUAAUUCUCCACACUCCUCUCUCUCUCUCUCCCUCUCUCUCUCAGGUGAAUUGAGCAAGUAAGUUUUGGCGCUAGGGUUUAUGAGGUGGAGAUCGCGCCGGACGGCACUGUAGAGGCGUUGAUCCGUUUCACUGAUCAAAACAGUGAUUGCACCAAGUGAAAAGGAGGAACAUGGCGCAGAGUAAUUGGGAAGCUGAUAAGAUGCUUGAUGUUUAUAUUCAUGAUUAUUUGUUGAAAAGGAAAUUGACUGCUUCUGCAAAUACAUUUAUGACUGAAGGGAAGGUUGCUACAGAUCCAGUAGCAAUUGAUGCACCAGGAGGAUUCCUCUUUGAAUGGUGGUCUGUUUUCUGGGACAUAUUCAUAGCAAGGACAAAUGAGAAGCACUCAGAGGCUGCUGCAUCUUACAUUGAGGCACAGCAAAUUAAGACGAGGGAGCAACAACAGUUGCAAAUGCAGCAGAUGCAGAUAUUGCAGCAGCGUAAUGCUCAGUUACAGCGUAGAGAUCCAAAUGCUUUAAAUGCUAUAAACUCUGAAGGGGUAAUGGGGCAACCUUCAGCCAGUGUGCUAGCCAUGAAAAUGUAUGAAGAACGCAUGAAACAUCCUCACUCGAUGGAUGCUGAAGCAUCCCCAGGUCUUACUGAUGCCAAUAGGAUUGCCCUUCUCAAAUCAGCUACAAAUGCACAAGGCCAGUUGACACAAACCAAUUCCGGAAACAUGUCUGCUGCUUUGCAGCAAAUGCAAGCACGCAAUCCUUUGACCACUGACAUCAAAAGUGAAGUUAACUUAGGUACAGCUCAGAGAAGUUUGCCUAUGGAUCCUUCAUCGAUUUAUGGACAAGCAAUUUUACAGUCAAAAUCUGGAUUGGGUGGUGCAGGAUUGAAUCAAGGUGUCACAGGUCUUCCUUUGAAGGGUUGGCCUCUUACUGGAAUCGACCAAUUACGACCAAACUUGGGUGUACAAGUACAGAAGUCAAAUUUUCAGACCCAAAGUCAAUUCCUUUUAGCACCUCAACAACAACAAGUCUUGGCACAAGCCCAGGCUCAGGCACAAAACAACCUUGGAAAUUCAACAAGCUACGGAGAUCUGGAUCCUCGUAGGUUUUCUGGUUUGCCUAGGAGUGGCAUGAAUGCAAAAGAUGGUCAAUCUGCAAUGCAGUCAAGUUCACCAAAGAUAAAAAUGCCUCAGAUGCAACAGUCUUCCUCCCACUCCCAACAACAUGACCAAUUGCAGCAGCAGCCGUUACAACAGAAUAACAGAAAAAGGAAACAACACUCUUCUUCUGGACCUGCCAACAGCAACAACACGGGAAACACUGUUGGCCGUUCCCCUGGUUCUCCAGCAUCAACUCACACACCAGGUGAUGGAAUUAACACAGCCAGUAGUCUGCAGCAUGUUAACAACAUUCCGAAAAGCUUGAUGAUGUAUGGUCCAGAAGGAACAGGAGGUCUUCCUUCAUCUUCCAAUUUAUUGGAAGACAUGGAACGAUUUGGAGAUGUUGGUACCCUAGAAGAUAAUGUGGAAUCGUUUUUGUCACCUGAUGGGGGAGAUGGGAGGGAUGUAUAUGGGACACUGAAGCAGAGUCCUAGUGAGCCCAGGAAGGAGUCUUCUAAAGGUUUUACCUUUGGUGAAGUUGGUUGCGUAAGGACCAGAAGCAGCAAAGUGACCUGCUGUCACUUUUCUUCGGAUGGGAAGUUGCUGGCUAGUGCUGGACAUGACAAAAAGGUUGUCCUCUGGAACAUGGAUACCCUGCAGACAGAGAGCACUCCUGAAGAACACAAGUUGGUCAUUACAGAUGUUCGUUUUAGACCAAAUUCAUCUCAGCUGGCAACAGCUUCAGUUGACAAAACUGUGCGAUUAUGGGAUGCAGCCAAUCCAAACUAUUGUUUGCAAGCAUAUACAGGGCACAGCGCACCUGUUAUGUCCCUUGACUUCCACCCUAAGAAGACCGAUCUAUUUUGUUUCUGUGAUAGCGACAAUGAAAUUCGUUACUGGAAUAUCAGUCCAUUCUCCUGUACUCGUAUUUCAAAGGGAGCUACUGCACAAGUUAGAUUUCAACCAAGAGUGGGACAAUUCCUGGCAGCAGCAUCAGAUAAAAUUGUUUCCAUCUUUGACGUCGAAACUGACAGGCAAACACACUCAUUCCAGGGGCACUCUGAAAUGGUAAACUACAUUUGUUGGGAUGCAAAUGGAGAGUUUGUGGCGUCUGUCAGUCAAAGUUUGGUGAAGAUUUGGUCGUUAGCUUCAGGACAGUGUAUUCAGGAGCUUGGCUCAAAUGGGAACCAGUUUCACUCGUGCAUUUUUCAUCCAAGUUAUUCAACUCUCUUGGUCAUUGGAGGAAUCUCGUCCUUGGAUCUGUGGAACAUGGCUGAGAAUAAGAGCAUGACAAUUCCGGCACAUGAGAAUAUAAUCUCAGCUCUGGCUCAGUCAUCCGAAACCGGAAUGGUUGCAUCUGCAAGUCACGAUAGCUCCGUCAAGUUAUGGAAGUAAACUCCAAAAAAUGGUUGCAUCUGCAAGUCACGAUAGCUCCGUCAAGUUAUGGAAGUAAACCCAAAAGUUUUUGGGGAUCUUGGAGAGGCAAAAUCUGGGGGGAGAGUUGGUGGCCGAGAUUUAGAAUUAUAAGCAUUAAUAUUAUAGCAAGUAGAGUCAUAAGCUUUGACCAAAAAAAAAAAAAAAAGAGUCAUAAGCAGUUCUUUCAGGUAUAAUAUCAUAUACAGUAAUUUCCGGCCCCUACUAGAACAAUUUUCAUAUUAAAGUAGAAUAAUGUCUCUCUUCUGGGUUACUGCCCUUGUCUAUUAUAAUUUAUCAAGUUAGUAACUUCGUUGAGAAGAA